CCUGGAUUUUGGUUGCACAGUAAUAAGCCGUAAGAUUAUGGUCGUAUCGAAGUUGACACAUCAUUUCUAAGACUCUGCUUCCACCCGCCGCUAAUGGCAACCGCGGCGGCGCUCUUUUCCCAUCUUCGCCGUGCGCGUUACUCCUCCCUCCUCUACGUGCCUCGUGUCCUCACCUCUCACCACCCUCCCCCUCUUCCCUCUUCCCCCACACCUCAGUCUCCAACCUUCCCCUUCCUCGGCGCGUUCCGCACGCGCGCUUUCUCGACUCGCCCAUCCCUCGACGGCGACUCGGAGACGGACUCGGUCGGUCUCGACUCACCGGUUACCUCCGAGCUCCUGAAAGUGAUCUCCGACAGCAGCGCCGGCGGCGGCGAAGAAAACCUGGUCUUCCCCGUCCGUGCAGUGAUUUCGAUACUUGACUCUCUCCACGAUCUUUCUGGAUUUCCAUGGUGGAUAACAAUAGUUUCAUCUACAUUGGCUCUCAGAAUUGUUCUGCUCUUUCCUUUGGUUGUAACACUUCACAAGGUUAAAAGGAUUGGAGAAUUUUUCCCCAAAUUGCCUCCUCCAUUCCCACCACCUUUCUCAGGAAAGAGUUAUAUUCGCCACUUUCAAUUUUUCACGAAGGAGAGAAAAGCAGUUGGAUGCCCCUCAUUUGUGUGGGUUCUGGUACCACUUAUUGUCCAGGUUCCGUGCUUUUUCUUAUGGAUGAUGAGCAUCAGGAAGAUGUCUCUGAAUGAUCACCCUGGUUUUGAUUGCGGUGGUGCUUUAUGGUUCCAGAAUUUAACAGAACUCUCUCACGGUUAUUCAGGGUUCAUCUUUCCUUUUCUGAUUGCUGGUUUGCACUACAUUAAUGUUCAGAUAUCAUUUCGGAAACCUGUGGUCGAAGAAACGAGGGGCAUUAUUCAGUUAUUAUCAGAAUACUAUAAGAUGUACUUGGACAUUCUAACGGUGCCUAUGGCUUUUUUUGCCUUCUGUGUUCCUCAGGGUAGCCAAGUCUAUUGGAUCACCAAUAGUUCGUUAUCUCUCGUUCAGCAUUUCACUCUUAGACACCCGGCUGUCCAUGCAAAAUUGGGGUUAGUUGACGAGAAUAGUCAAAAAGCUGCUCCUUCUAAGGAAAUUGGUACUUCUAAAACGCCCCCUUCAUUGGGGUUACAAGAGAAUAGUCCAACGGCAGCGGUCAAGGAAACAGUUUCUCCUGAAAAUAACCCUCUGGAUUCACCUGAAAAGUGGCAGAAAAUACCUAUAGAGGAUAUGUCGCCUAACGAACUGACUACCCUUGCAAUCCCAUUUCUAUCCAGCAAUGAUAAAGAAAGUGCAAUUCCUUUACUAAAACUAGCACUUGAUAAGGAUCCUGAAUACGUACGAGCUUUGGUUUUGAUGGGACGAGUCCUAUUGCUGAAGCUUAUAAAUGAUGAAGCUAAAGAGUACUUUGAGCGUGCAAUAUCAAAGCUUUCUCUUGACGGCCAACCAGCUGAUGCAGAAGAAGUUGAUCUUUUGAUUCUUUCAUCCCAAUGGGCUGGAAUUGCUUGUGAACGACAGGGAAAGAGGGCUGAAGGACGUGCCCACUUUGAAAGAGUUGCAAAUAUGGAGGAGCCACAAGAUCCAACGAGCAAAGGCUAUUAUUUUGAUGGGUUGUUGUUGCUUGCAAGCACUCUAUUUGAUUCGGGUGAAAAGGCUGAAGCUGCAAAGUAUUUGCGUCUUGUCGUUGCUUAUAACCCUCGUUAUAAAAAUUUCUUGGAUCAGUGUGAGCAAGAUGAUGAUAUUGCCGAUGACCUUGCUCGUAGUAGGAGAGAACCCUGAUUUACAAAAUUUUAUAUUUGUCCAUAUUUAUUGUAUUGUAUUGUAUAUCUAAAAAAUGAACCGUCCAUUUGACAUGUUUGGUUUACAGUUUUGACUUAAUAUUUUGAUGAUUAUUCAGCUCAGCUAUCAGCUGCAUUACAUAAAUUUUUGAAACUUGUUUCAUUAUUGAUAAAAAUAUAAAGCUUUAUCAUUUCAAAAAAAAAAAUAUAAAGCUUUAUCGGUUGAUUCA